AUGGCGAAAGCAUAUGACAAAGUGUCUUGGUUAUUCCUCAAAGCGGCUAUCAGAAAAAUGGGAUUCUCAGAGGUUUUUAUUGAUAUCAUUCAUAGGCUUAUUUCUAAUGUUUGGUACUCAGUUAUGGUUAAUGGUUCGAGGUAUGGCUUUUUCCAUUCUACUAGAGUCUCAAGGAGACCCCCAUCCCCAGGCUAUUUGUCUUAUUCUUUGAGACUCUUUCUAAAGGCGAACCGACUUCACAACAAGGAGGGUUACUAUGGAUAUACAAUGCAUCAAAAGGGUCCUUUGAUCAAUCAUUUGUGUUAUGCAGAUGACAUUGUGAUAUUAAAUGCAGCGACGAAGAUCCGUGGAAUGAUUAUUAAUAUCUUGAGACAAUAUGAAAAAGAGGGUCAAGAAAUCAACACUAAUAAAAAGUGUUUUUAG